CUGAAAUUUCCGAAGUGGACCAUACACAUAUCGUACGUCUCUCUCCCCCAAAUCCCCCCUUUCCCUCAAUUCUCGCCAAUUCAGAUCAAAAACCUCUCGCAGAUCAGAUCGCGUAAUUUCGUCGAGAAAUUUGAGUGGGUGCAGAGAGAGAAGCAAAAAAUGUACGGAUUCGAAGCUCUGACAUUCAACAUCCAUGGCGGAUACUUGGAGGCCAUCGUCCGGGGACACCGAGCCGGGCUCCUCACGGCGGCGGAUUACAACAAUCUCUGCCAGUGCGAGACCCUCGACGACAUCAAGAUGCACCUCUCCGCCACCGAGUAUGGGCCCUACCUCCAAAAUGAACCAUCUCCGCUGCACACAACUACAAUUGUGGAGAAGUGCACUCUUAAACUGGUUGAUGAGUACAAGCACAUGCUUUGCCAAGCCACUGAGCCCCUCUCAACCUUCUUAGAGUAUAUCACAUAUGGUCACAUGAUUGACAAUGUUGUCCUGAUUGUUACCGGAACCUUGCACGAGAGAGAUGUUCAGGAACUGCUGGAAAAAUGCCACCCACUGGGUAUGUUUGACAGCAUUGCUACCCUAGCAGUUGCCCAGAAUAUGCGGGAGCUUUAUAGGCUGGUGCUAGUUGAUACACCACUUGCUCCGUACUUCUCUGAGUGCAUUACAUCAGAGGACUUGGAUGACAUGAACAUUGAGAUUAUGAGAAAUACUCUUUACAAGGCGUACCUUGAAGAUUUUUACAAGUUUUGCCAGAAACUUGGUGGUGCCACAUCUGAGAUCAUGUCUGACCUACUUGCUUUUGAGGCUGACAGAAGGGCUGUUAAUAUCACCAUAAAUAGCAUUGGCACUGAGCUUACUCGAGAUGAUCGAAGGAAACUGUACUCUAGUUUUGGUUUACUUUAUCCUUACGGCCAUGAGGAGCUUGCUGUCUGUGAGGACAUUGAUCAGGUCCGUUCCGUCAUGGAAAAGUAUCCUCCUUAUCAGUCCAUCUUCUCCAAACUAUCUUAUGGAGAGAGCCAGAUGCUUGACAAGGCAUUCUAUGAAGAGGAGGUGAAAAGGCAUUGCUUGGCAUUUGAGCAACAGUUCCAUUAUGGCGUUUUCUUCGCGUACAUGAGAUUGAGGGAGCAAGAGAUCAGGAACCUAAUGUGGAUAUCAGAGUGUGUGGCUCAGAACCAGAAGUCUAGAGUUCAUGACAGUGUGGUCUUCAUAUUUUAGCUGGGUCCCAGAUCCGCAACUCAUAAGUUCUUUUGCACAAUCUUCUGUAUAUCUUCUUCACCCCCGUUUUUAUCUUAUUAUAGCGAGAAUCAUAGAGAUGGGUGCUGUUACACUGUUGUGCGUUGUGGGGUGUGUUGCAAGGAACCACUUUCUAUGUGUUAUAUUCGUUCUUUAGAGGCAAAAUGUCAUAAAUUGGUAUUCAUGAGAUAUAUUUGGCUGUGAGGAUGUACCGGUUGACUUUUUAAUUUGUGAUCCAGUAUACUAAUAAUAGUCGCUGUUGCGACUACAUUCCAAUUAUGAUUCAGUAUUUAUUUUGUAAUGUGUUUCUACACUUGGUAAUUAUAUAUGAAAUUUUCUACUA